UCCAGGAGGCUUCCAGGUACCUGUAGCUGCAGGUCCUCGGCAUCACAGCCAUUCCACCCUGUUUCUGUCUGGAGGCAACUCCUCUACACUGUUCAGAGGACACUAACAGAGAUGUUAAAAUGCCCAAACUUUUGUUUUCAAAGGUUCGCUUACAUGAAAUCCGGGAUCUGAUGCAAAAUGUCAAGAGACCCAGAAGGAUUGAUAUUGUUCUUAAUCGAAAGAGGCGUAAGAAGGAAGUCCAGGACCUGAUGGUGCAAAAAAUAAGUGAUGAGCCAUCUUCUUUGAAACUCAGUUGUCAGACGGACCAUAAACUGAACCUAACUCUGGAGAAACUGUUACGGGAUAAAAAGUAUUUAGCAGCGUUCCAAACUUUCCUGGAGUCGGAGUUCAGUGAGGAAAACAUCAAGUUCUGGCUCGCGUGUGAGGACUUCAGGUCGACCGCCUCACCGGAUGAUCUUCGCUGGAAAGCAGAGGAGAUCUACACCGAGUUCAUCCAGCCGAUGGCCUGCAGAGAGAUCAACGUUGACCACUACAUUAGGGAGAACAUCAAAAAGUCCCUGGAGAACCCGAGCAUCUCCUGCUUCGACGAGGCCCAGAAACACGUGUACCUGCUGAUGGAGAGAGACUCCUGCCCCCGAUUCCUGCACUCUGACGCCUACCUGAGCCUAAAGCGCAAAUCCAGAACUAUGUGGUACAUUUAGCUGAGAGAGUCUCUGUUGUUUGAACUGAAAAGUUAUUUCACAAUGUAUAACACAAUCAUGAAUGUUUUCUUACAAAGGCAGAGCAUUUCUCACAAACUCUACAACCCGAUGUCAUCAACGUCAAUGUCCCUUUGAAGACGGCGAGAUAAUAAUAAACGUUAUAAAUACGGAACCUUUCAAAACACAAUAACAAACGUGUUUUACGAGACGCAAAUGACAAAAAAGGCAAACAAUUGGAAAAACACAGAAGCAAUUUGAAGAUCGUAAAAAAACUGCUGCAGCUGAGAAAAGAGUAGAAUAAAACUAGAAGCCAGUCAGUAGAGCUCCACAGUCCCCAGGGAAAACACGUCCAGGUCAGUUGCUCCGGAGAUUCUGUGAAAAUAUCUCAAGUUGAAAAAGACGUGUGAAGAUUUCAACUUGGAAAAACAACGAGAUUCUAAAGCGUUUGGUGACGAGGGUUGACACCAGUCUUGAUUUGCUAUAAACAAAAACGCCCCUCACCUGAAUCUUGUUGUUGUGACCGCGUCCGACCCGCAUACUAUCCCGCUGGGUCCUUCGUGUGUGUCCCAAAAACAAUUUUAUGGAAAUUUACCAGAGUUCAUGACUUAAAACGAUGAUAAAGAGCAGUCCCCUAAAUUUGCCUGUCCAAAAAAAUUGCCCUAUCUCGCAGGAAAGUGACAGAAAGCUGGAUCUGUGUCAAACUUUGGCUUUAAAUAAAAUAGUAAGUUCAGAAGCAGGAUAAAGAUUUUGUACAAUAAAAGGUUUUAAGAAAGUGAAAUCAGCUCAAAGUCCUGAGAAAACACAUUGUUAUAAAGGUAUUUGAUGUAUUAUUGAUGAUCAGUAUUAAUGAAAUGUGGGCAUUAAUAAAGUAAUGAUAUACAGCUACGAGGAAUAAAAAGUAAUGUGAGUAGAAAGAAGUAUUUGUACGUAGAGGAGAGAGAAAGAUGUUGGUAGGUGUGAGUAGAUGAUUAUGAAGAAUUAAUCGUUACUUGAUAUAACUUGUUUGUAAACCGAAAGUCUGACUGAAAGAAUCAUAAAUGAUGAAGAAUGGUAAAUAAGUGGUUUCUGAUCAAUCAAUCAAUAAAUAAAUCGAAUUCUAUUUGUUCCAUAUUUACAAAUCAAGAUUUCUGUCAUAGGGCUCAACAAUGUGCAAAAUUCUCUGUAAAAUAAAAUAAAAACAUUUUUUUACCAAAUUGUGA